GGGCCGCGGAUGCGCGGUAGAAGCGAGGUGGCGCUGGGCGCGGCGGAGCGCAGUGGAAAGCGGAGUGGAAAGCGCGGUGGAAAGCACAGUGGAUAGCGCAGUGCGCCGCGAAGGGAGACGACGGAGACGGACACCACCAUGAAGAGGCCGAUCGACGUGAUCGCGGUCGGCGCCGACCAGGCGCACCCAAAAAAAGAGAAAAACGAACCCGAACCCCCGGCCACCUACGAGACAGCAAUCGUGGCAUGCGGCUUCGGCAAGUUCCACUACAUGCUGCUGCUGGGCCUGAUCCCCAUGUGCGCGGCGCAACUGUUCAGCUCGGGUUCCGUCGGGCUGGCCCUGCCGUCGGCGCAGUGCGACCUCCAGCUGGAGGACUUCCAGAAGGGCGCGCUGAACGGCGCCACCUACCUCGGCAACCUCAUGUCCGGCUUGGUGUGGGGCGGCGUGUCGGACGUCUUCGGCCGUCGCAACAUCAUCGUGCUGUGCUUCCUGGCGGACUUCCUCGUCAGCCUGGCCUGCGGCUUCGCCACGUCCUACGAGGUGCUGCUGGUGCUCAAGGUGCUGGCGGGAGUCAUCAUCGCGGGGCCCAACUCGGUGCUGUUCGCGUACCUGGCCGAGGUCAACGACAACGAGCACCGCAGCAUGUCCAUCAUGAUGAACGGCAUGGGGUUCGCCUUCGCGCAGAUCCUGCAGCCUGUGCUGGCCUACUUCCUCCUCCCGCUCACCUUCCGCUUGGAGCUCGUGCCCGGCGUCAUGGAGCUCACGUCGUGGAGGGUGUUCUUCCUGGCGUGCGCCGUGCCGUCGCUCGUGUCGGGGCUCAUGUUCAUCGCCCUGCCCGAGUCCCCCAAGUUCCUGAUGAGCAAGGGCCGCCACGAGGACGCGCUGCGCGCCUUCGAGCGGAUCUACGCCACCAACACGGGCUGCGACCCCGCCACCUACCCCAUCAAGUCGCUGGACAUCUGCGUGGCCCCCAUCCUGGACGGCAAGAAGCCCAACAGCCUGCAGCGCGCGGUCGCCCAGUUCUCGCCCCUCUUCCGCAAGCCGUUCCUGGCCAGGAUGCUGCUGCUCGUGGCCCUGCAGGUCAACAUAAUGAUCUGCAUCAACUCGCUGCGACUGUGGACGCCGCAGCUGUUCGCGAUGCUGGAGCAGUUCGAGGUCGGCAGCUGGCAGGGCAAGCCCGAGGCCUCCAACACCUGCCAGAUGAUCUCGGCCGUGCUCGACCGGCCCGUGGACUCGGCCUUCGGCGUCAACGGCACCGUCGCCGCCGAGGCCGCCGCCAGGACCGCGGUCGACCGGGCCGUCGGCCCCUGCGAGGUCGUCAGCGGCGACGUGUACCUGCGGUCCGUCCUGGUGGGCGCCGUGGGCACCACGUCCUUCGUCUUCACGGGGUGGGCCUCCAAGAGGUUCGGCAACCGGCCGCUGAUGCUGGGCAGCUUCCCGCUGGCCAUGGUGACGUCCGUGGGCAUGCUGUGGGCCGUGGACUCCGACAUGUUCACCGGGCUGUUGGCGGUGUUCACGCCCCUCACCGCCGUGGGGCUCACCUCGCUGUCCGCCAUCCUGGUGGACCUGUUCCCCACCUCCCUCAGGGGUGUGUCGGUGAGCGUGGCGCUCAUCUGCGGCCGCGCGGCCUCGCUCUCGGGGAACCUCAUCCUCCCCGUGCUGCUCAACAUUUCCUGCGAUGCCCUGUUCAUCUUCAUUACCGUCUGCCUCGCCGUUUGCUCCGUGCUCGUGUGGUUCGUCCCCAAGAAGAAGGACGUAGACCUGUAGGACAAUGAGGCUCUACGAGUCCGGUCCUACGACUUUUGUGAUCCCAACGAAUCUCGACUUUGUAAGAGAUCGCCCUAAACUAGUCACUACUUUGUUAAGGAAAAAUACUAUUCGCCAAUCCUUAUUGUUUCACUGUCAAUCGUGUCCCAUACGUUAAGUCGUUUAAUUGUGCUAUCACUUAGGAAUAAAAAUACUUCACGACGUCA